UUGAAUUCGAUCGACAAAGAAGCAUCUAGUCUCAUCUCCCAACUAAAUCUGCGACACGAAAGCGAGCAAUUUCAAUCUGCGAAGAGACUCUACAAAUUCUGCUUCGCGUAUUUCCAGAAUUCCUUAGUCCGAUUGCUCCUCGAAUUGUAUCGUAGCAGUUCGAUGGGCAAACCCGAGAUCGCGUCGACAUCGAUUUCGCUGCUUCGUGCCCUUCUCACUUGUAUAUAUAUAGCAGGGCCGAAUCAAUCUGUCUCGUUUUGCGACUCCCAUCAUCAAACGCUUCUCAUCUCUUGCCUUGUGAUGCAAGAAACCCAAGAUUCGGACAUCGAGAUUCUCUCGAGGAUCAUGUCUGUGGUAGCGUCCGAGGUUUUAAUAUCGGACAAAAAUGGCUGGGACAAGCUAAGCGUUUGUAUCGUCUCCGUUGCGGAUUCUGAUCUUCGAAAGGCGUUUCUCUUCGUCCGUGACUUGCCGCCGAUCUAGAAAUUCAUGAUCGUCAUUUUGCAGAGACCUUUUCCAGAAAUCUUGAACGCCCUUUUGAACAUAGAACGAAGGAAUGCCAAAGACUGGAGCCUGGCAUUGCAAACGGGUAUCAAGAUGGCGAUUCAGCUCAUGGACACUGUUAGAAGCGAUUUGGUGGGGAGCAUUAUGUAUGCGAUCUAUAACUCGGCGAGUAAACUUUUGAAGCAAGAAAAGGAAGAGGUUUUGCAAUUAGGGCUUCAAGAAUUCGAGAUGAAUUUGAGGGAAUACACUUUUCUGCACGAUUCGGAGCAAUGCGCACUCUUGUUCGAGUUUACCUCAAAGAUGGGUAAAAUGACGCCGUAAAGAAGAUUUUCAGGUUCUUAGACUUGGUGAGCACUCUUUGAUGUCAUUUACAAGUUUUUGGGUGAAAAACGGUUUAUGAAUUUUGCCACAUUGCCAAUUAGAUUUAGGAAAUUUCUUGAUUUACCAAUUACGUUUUGUUUUUCUUUGAUUUCCUCUCAAUGCAAAGAUUUGAACUUGCACUCAGAAUUUGGGGUUGUAAAAGCAAGUGCUAAUUGUUCACAUAGGUUUCCAAAAAUGCGGGGUUGAAUGGCAACAUUUCAUAAA